AUGUAUCGUAUGUGUCUUGGAAAUAAAUUCAAUGAAGAUGCAUUGCUUAAAGCUUUAAGUAGGGAAACCGAUGGUUCCGAUAUCAAUGUGAUCGAUACUUCGACAAAUUAUUGUGAUGGAGAUAGUGAAAAGUUGAUUGGAAAAUUUUUAUCGAAUACUGAAAGAAAACUUUUAUCCCGUUCUGAAAUAUUUCUUGCAACUAAAUAUGGUUAUAUCCAAGGAAAUAACAUGAAUUUGUACCAUAAUGGAGCGUUUAAAAAAGUUCCAGAUGAACAUAUCGUACACUAUACACCCAAUUGCUUUCAUUGCAUUCAUCCAGAAUUUAUGAAAGAUCAAUUGAACCGAAGUUUGCAUCGUAUGCAAACGGAAUAUGUUGAUAUUUUGUUCAUUCAUAAUCCAGAAUAUUUUCUUAUGAAUAAAAUCAAAUCUUCCAAUGAAAAUGUGAAAGAAUAUCAAAAGCAAAUGUUGGAUAGGAUUAGUCAAUCGUUCGAAGCAAUGGAAGAAGCAAUUGACAAAGGUCAAAUUCGUUCCUAUGGUAUUAGCUCCAAUAGUUUUUCCGUACCUGAAGAAGACAAACAUUUUUUGCCUUUUUAUGAUUUGAUCGAUCGUGCAAAAGAAGCUUCGAAGCGCGUAAGAGGAACCGAAAAACAUGGGUUUUCUGCGGUGCAGAUGCCCGCUAAUUUAUUAGAAAGACAUGGAUUAAAGACCACCGCGAUUUGGGCAAAAAAGAACGGAUUAAAUGUGCUUGUUAACAGGCCUCUUAAUGCUUUCAACGAAGACGGUGCCUUUCGUUUGGCGAGUUAUCCUAAAACAAAUUAUGAACACGUGAAAAAUUCUACAUUUGAAAAGUUGGGGCAAAAUUACGGCGGAAUUCUAGAUCUGAUUAAACAGAUGGAUAAUCUACUUCCCAAGAUUAAAAAUGUAUUUCAAUGGGAAAAUUAUCGUAUUUCAGUCUAUUCUUCACUUGGACAGUUUCGAGGAAAUCCUGAUGUUAAUUCGAUCUUGCAGCCAUUCUUGGAUACAUUUGAUUCAGAAGUAAGAUAUCGUGGAUCACAAGCCGUUAGAAAAUAUUUAAUUGAAAAAUAUAAUAUAGAUGAGAAUGAAAGUAUCGAAAAAAUUGCCUUGGAAUAUUUAUUUAAUAGUGGGGUCGUUGAUGUGGUUUUAAUGGGAAUGACUCGCGAAGAGUAUGUUGAAUUUGCAAAGGAAAUGCUUCGUAGAUUUAAACAUUAG